CAUUUGUUGCUAAAUCUGCUGCCAAGGACGUCUAGAUUUGCUGUUGUUUCCCUGACUCUGGCUAUUUUAAAGAAAGAUCUGUCUCCUCUCUACCUAUCGACACUGGAAUCUUUUUGCCCAUUUGGGAGCCUCCUACAAAUGAGGUCUGCAGAAAUUAACACAUGCGAGUCUAGGAGGGACUGAUUAAAAGAUAUUGAAUGUAAAACGAUGUGAGCCAGGAAAAUUUAGCAAUUUCUCUGACAGCUUCAAGAUGACUUGGUUUCAAAAACUGCCUUCCUCAUUUCAGAAGGAAUUUGGAGACUUCACGACCAGUUAAUGUACCAGCCCUGAGCUGGAUUUCCGAUCCUGAGAUGCCAACUUGAACAGUGCUGGCUUCUUCUGGAGUCAAGGGAUUUAGCCUGCUGCAGGCAUGAACUCGUCAUCUUAUAAACAUUGGCUGAUGGACAGCCCUCGACUCAGAAACCAGAGCACCCCAGGAUUUGCCAGCAUCAAUGGCUCACUCCAUACAGGGUCCUCCUCAGGCUGCUAUGAGCAACUGUGGAUCUCAAUGGAGGUCUUCCUCACACUCGGCAUUAUCAGCCUGUUGGCCAACAUUUUGGUCAUCGCUGCCAUCAUCAAGAACAAGAACCUGCACUCACCAAUGUACUUUUUCAUUUGCAGUUUGGCUGUGGCCGACAUGUUGGUUAGUGUGUCCAAUGCCUGGGAGACGAUCUUCAUCGCUAUGUUGAAGAGUAGACAUUUUGUUGCUCGAGACAGCUUGAUAAAGAAUAUGGACAAUGUGCUGGACUCCAUGAUUUGCACCUCUCUGCUUGCCUCCAUUUGGAGCUUGCUAGCUAUCGCCAUUGACAGGUACAUCACCAUCUUCUACGCACUGCGCUACCACAACAUCAUGACAGUCAGGAGGGCACUGGUGGUCAUUGCUGGAAUCUGGAUGGCUUGCACGGUCUCAGGGAUCCUGUUCAUCAUCUACUCUGAGAGCACCACAGUCGUCAUCUGCCUUAUCACCAUGUUCUUCACCAUGCUCGCCCUCAUGGCCUCACUGUAUGUUCACAUGUUCAUGCUGGCACGCUUACACGUCAAGCGGAUCGCCGCUCUGCCUGGCAGUGGUGCCAUCCACCACAUGGCAAACAUGAAAGGGGCCAUCACCCUCACCAUCCUCCUUGGGGUCUUUGUCGUCUGUUGGGCUCCUUUCUUCUUGCAUCUCAUCCUCAUAAUCUCCUGCCCCCGAAACCCAUACUGCCUUUGCUUCAUGUCACACUUCAACAUGUAUUUAAUCCUCAUCAUGUGCAACUCAGUCAUCGAUCCGCUCAUCUACGCAUUCCGCAGUCAAGAAAUGCGCAAGACUUUCCAAGAAAUAAUCUGCUGCUACAGCUUGCAUGGGAUUUGUGACCUGGCAAAUAAAUAUUGAUAAACCAAAGGGAAAUCAGCCAGACCUUCACAAGACAUUUUGUGCUGCAGGACAUCUUAGUAGAGGGAGGAAAUUGUUCCUUGCUCCCUGACGAUGUGUUGAUGCUUUCCUCUGAAUUAUGUUAUGGUUUCUUAUUUCCUCAAGAAGCCUUGUUUCUCUUCACUGAAGGUUUUAGUUGUUUCCUGGAGUAUUCUUCAUCUCUCAUGCCUCAUGCCAAUAAAUAUUCCCUGGAUGUAAGCCUGGACAGUGAGUAUUGGGAGAAAGUUUGAUUGUGUUUGGAUGGAAGGGUUUCACCAGGUUUCAUCUGCAACUGAAGCCCACAUGUACCAGAUAUUACCAGUUGACAAUCAGAAGAGAAAGGGGAAUCUGACUUUAAUCUUCCCUAACCUAGGACAUUGAGGCUAAUUGUAACCCUUCCUAAGGGCAAGAUCAACCACUUCACUGUAGCUGAUUGUACUUACAGUGGAAUCAAAGAGUUUGUAGAGCACAGAAGAAGUCAAUCGACCCCCCAUGCUCAUACUUGCUCUUUGAAAGGGUCAUCCAAUUUGGCUUCACACUUCAACUGUUUUACCAUAACCGUGCAAUGUCAUUCUCAUCAGGCACAUCUCCAAUUGCUUUCCCAGCCCUUCCCAUCUCUUCACUGCCAAUUAAUUUAAACCUUUGACCUCUGACUAAAGCUAGAACCUUCUGGCUCAAAACUAGAGUCUCCUUGAUCCGUGUGGUGAAGCUGAAAUGGCCGACAUCUUUGAGUUCAGAGGGAGACCCCGAUGAAAAAGUUUGAAGGGGGAAUCGAGCUAUACCUCAUUUGAAGGAAGCUGCACUGAUUCUCCUCCAUUUGUUCCUGAGCAUUCAGUUAAUGUAUUUCAGUAACAUGUGUGUCCAGAAGUGUUUUUAAAAUAUCAUCGACAACGCACAAUUCAAAUGCAUUUUUUAUGGCUGUGAAUCAAGAAGCUGAUAUUGAAUUAAAAAGAUCUGCAAGUUAAAUAUGUUGCUUUUGACAUUACCCUCAGCAAUUGUGUGGGCUGCAGGAAACAAUAGAACUAGAACUCCUUGGGUAUUCCUUUUAGCCUGCGUUCUCCCGAGCACAGAUGACUCAAACAUCUGCGUUCAGGGUGGUUUCUAAGUAUUGACAUUUUGUUCAGGUUACUGCUAGGCUUUUUAGCUCACUUACCGCGGCUUAUUGCAAGCUGUUGUUUCACAGGAUUGUGGAAUCAUAGAAUGGAAGAGAGGGGGUGGAGGACAUUCAACCCCUCAAGGCUGUGCUAGCUCUCUCGGAAAGUCAUCCAGUGAUUUCUACUCCCUCCACCCCAAUCUUUCCAUUUAUUCUUCUGAUUUUAUCUCCUUUAUAUAUUUCUGCCAAAUCCCUUUCUCCUUGUCCUCUUGCUUUCCUUUAACAAACUGCCUUUCCAUCUAUCACUCAAUGUCAUCCGCUAUGUAUUUAUCAGGCAAACAAGCACAUAUUGUUCAAUUGACUUUCAGUAAUGAUAGUGCAAUGUGGCUGUGUUGUUGAUUAGUUAUUUAUGAACUUAUUUAUGUAAAGCAUUGGUUACCUCAAAUUGAUCCCAGGAGCAAGAGAGAGUUUAGCAAAAGCUUUAUUAAAAUGUUUUCAUUUGCUGCUAGC